CAGUAUUGCUCCCUUUACGGAUUUCUCUUGGCGCUGAUGGCUCAGUCAGAGAGAGUUGAAACGGUUAAUCAAGGAUCUUUAGCUCAGUACUUGGAAGACCGGAAGAGAGAAGGAAUAUUCUGGUUGUGCCGUGCGCGCGACUUAGCAGUGCAGGAUCAUAAACGCAGCCACACGUAGGUCUCCAGUCAGCUCUCAAAUAGACUGUGGUGACACUGGAAGAGUGCAAAAACAUUGGGAAUAUGGAUGAGGAUCAUAAUUAUACUCGUAGCCCUGCCUGGGAAGAACUGGAACCUGAGAAAGGAACUGUUACCACAUCAGGGAUUCCUCAGAAUGUGAUGGGUGCCAUGGGAUGCUCAGGUCCAGUUGAUGAGUCCUCGGACAGUGAUGGAGAACAAGAAGGUCCUCAGAAACUCAUCAGGAAGGUGUCAACCUCAGGACAGAUUAGAAGCAAGACAAGUGUGAAAGAAGGCUUACUGUUGAAGCAGACAAGCUCUUUCCAACGCUGGAAAAAACGUUACUUCAAACUGCGAGGGAGGACACUGUAUUAUGCCAAGGAUGCCAAGGCGGGUGGAGUGCUAGCCCGCUGGCAGCACCGGGUAUCUCGGAGCCGCGUUUGCUGGAGAAUGCUCUCUGUCUGCUGGGCAGGUGCCCACCAUACUACCCCUUCUCUGGGUGCCAGUGGAUCGGAGGAAGGUUUGGUGACGCUUCGGUCUCUCAUUUUUGAUGAAGUGGAUCUCUCAGAUGCCAGUGUUGCUGAAUCAAGUACAAAGAAUGUUAACAACAGUUUCACGGUUAUCACACCGUUUCGAAGGCUCAUUCUGUGUGCUGAAAACCGAAAAGAAAUGGAGGACUGGAUCAGUUCUUUGAAAUCAGUCCAGUCCCGAGACCAUUAUGAGACGGCACAGUUUAAUGUGGAACAUUUCUCAGGGAUGCACAACUGGUAUGCCUGCUCUCAUGCCCGUCCCACCUUCUGCAAUGUCUGUAGGGAUAGUCUUUCUGGAGUCACAUCCCAUGGUCUCUCAUGUGAAGAAGAUAAAGCUAAAUUGAAUGCCACGUCAAUAUCGCGAGUAUGUAAAUUUAAAGCUCACAAGAGGUGUGCUGUGAGGGCCACUAAUAACUGUAAAUGGACAACCUUGGCUUCGAUUGGGAAAGAUAUCAUCGAGGAUGAGGAUGGGAUUGCAAUGCCACAUCAAUGGUUGGAGGGAAACUUACCUGUCAGUGCCAAGUGUGCAGUAUGUGACAAAACUUGUGGCAGUGUCCUUCGCCUGCAGGACUGGCGCUGCUUGUGGUGCAAAACCAUGGUGCACACUGCCUGCAUGGAUCUUUACCCACGGAAAUGUCCACUUGGACAGUGCAAAGUGUCCAUCAUCCCACCCACAGCACUCAACAGUAUCGAUUCAGAUGGCUUCUGGAAAGCUACAUGUCCCCCAUCUUGUGCCAGUCCACUCCUGGUCUUUGUAAAUUCUAAAAGUGGUGACAAUCAAGGGGUGAAGUUCCUGCGACGUUUCAAACAGCUGUUGAAUCCAGCUCAAGUGUUUGAUCUGGUGAAUGGAGGACCCCAUUUAGGACUUCGCUUGUUCCAGAAGUUUGAUAACUUUCGAAUUCUUGUUUGUGGUGGAGAUGGCAGUGUGGGUUGGGUACUAUCAGAAAUUGACAAACUCAGUCUUCAUAAACAGUGCCAGCUUGGUGUGUUGCCACUGGGCACUGGAAAUGACUUGGCACGCGUACUUGGCUGGGGACCAUCAUGUGAUGAUGACACACAGCUGCCUCAGAUCCUAGAAAAGCUGGAGCGGGCCAGUACCAAGAUGCUGGACAGGUGGAGUAUCAUGACAUAUGAGAUUAAAAUACCUCCUAAGAGCACACCUUCUGUUGAUGACGAAGAGGACAGCCAGAUUUCUGCUUAUGAAGAUUCAGUUGCUGCUCAUCUUACAAAGAUUUUGAACUCUGAUCAGCAUUCGGUGGUCAUAUCCUCGGCAAAGAUUCUUUGUGAGACAGUGAAGGACUUUGUUGCUAAAGUGGGAAAGUCUUAUGAGAAAGGCACUGAAAAUACAGAGGAGGCAGACACUAUGUCCCUUAAAUGUGCCAUUCUGAAUGAGAAGCUGGACUCCCUAUUACAGACACUGAAUACAGAGGCACAGGCCAUGUGCCUACCAGCAGUGACAACACCUCCCAUUGUGGAGGAGGAGGAUGAGGGGGAAGGACUUCAAGGGGAGGAGGAGCUUAGUGAUUCCUCCAUUACUGAGUUGAAGGAGAAGCUGGAGGAGAAUGUGACUGAGAAAAAUUCCUCUUCACCAUGCAAGCACUUCCCACGUGAGCAGCUCAUGCUAAGGGCCAACAGCCUGAAGAAAGCUGUGAGGCAGAUCAUUGAGCAGGCAGAAAAAGUGGUAGAUGAACAGAAUACACAUACAGAAGACCAAGAACUGCAUUCCCUGACAGUCCCUGAGUUGAAAAAGGAUGAUAAGGAUAGUGAGAAAGAUGAGGAUACCAAGGAACUGCAGUCUUCACCCUUGGCCACAUCCCCAUGCUCCCCCACAGAGAGACGUGUCAGCCGCAGUACCCAGUCUUGUGGUUCCUUCUCAAUUCCUCCCUUCACCACCAGCAAGGAGAACCUUCCUGUUCUCAACACUCGUAUCAUAUGUCCAGGCUUGCGGGCAGGCCUUGCUGCAUCUAUAGCUGGCAGCUCCAUCAUCAGUAAGAUGUUACUUGCAAACAUUGACCCUUUUGGAGCCACUCCCUUCAUUGACCCAGACUUGGAUUCCCUAGAGGGAUACAUGGAGAAAUGCGUCAUGAACAACUACUUCGGAAUUGGAUUGGAUGCCAAGAUAUCAUUGGAGUUUAAUAACAAACGUGAGGAGCACCCAGAAAAGUGCCGGAGCCGUACGAAGAACAUGAUGUGGUAUGGAGUACUGGGUACCAAGGAACUUUUACAGAGGACAUACAAAAAUCUGGAGCAGAAGGUGCAGUUGGAGUGUGAUGGACAGUACAUUCCACUUCCAAGCCUCCAGGGAAUUGCUGUAUUGAAUAUUCCAAGCUAUGCUGGUGGGACCAACUUCUGGGGUGGAACCAAAGAGGAUGAUAUAUUUUGUGCUCCAUCAUUUGAUGACAAAAUCUUGGAAGUGGUUGCUGUGUUUGGUAGUAUGCAGAUGGCAGUGUCAAGAGUCAUCAAACUCCAGCAUCAUCGCAUCGCACAGUGUCGAUCAGUGAAAAUCACAAUCCUGGGAGAUGAGGGAGUGCCCGUUCAAGUUGAUGGGGAAGCCUGGAUACAGCCACCUGGACUUAUCAAGAUUCAACACAAAAAUAGAGCUCAGAUGCUCACCAGAGACAGGGCAUUUGAAAACACCUUAAAGUCAUGGGAAGAUAAGCUGAAAUAUGACAAGCCCCCACUGCGGCCACACCUGUACCCUCAGCAGUCAGUAGACUUGGCCACUGAGGAAGAGGUCACCCUUAUUCAGAUAUGUGCUCGUGCUGCUGAAGAGCUCAUCACCAGGAUAUGUGAUGCAGCCAAGACCAAUGGUCUUUUGGAGCAAGAACUUGCCCAUGCUGUCAAUGCCUCCUCACAUGCCAUCAACAAAACCCACCCAAAGUUCCCUGAGAGUCUAACCCGGAACACAGCUAUCGAAGUGGCAACCAAUGUUAAGGCAUUGCACAAUGAGACAGAGUCACUGCUUGUGGGACGAGUGUCUUUGCAACUAGACUCUCCUCAUGAGGAACUGCUAUCAAGCGCCCUCCAGAUUGUAGAGGUUGAGCUGGCAAAAUUGGCUGAAAUCCAUUGGCUUUACCACAUCAUCCAGCCCAAUGAUCAAGAGGAUCACUCAAUGGUGUAUGACAAGAGGAACAGCCGUGGUAGCAUGUUCCGCAUAGUGCCAAAGUUCAAGAAGGAAAAAGCAACCAAGAAGUCCAGUCCACUGUCAGUUCAGAGGUGGGGUACGGAGGAAGUGGCCACCUGGCUGGAGCAGCUCAGCUUGGGAGAGUACAAAGACACCUUCAUCCGACAUGACAUCCGCGGCUCCGAGCUCCUUCAUCUCGAGAGGAGAGACCUGAAGGACCUGGGGAUAUCGAAAGUGGGUCAUAUGAAGAGAAUUCUUCAGGGAACUAAAGACCUGGCCAAGAACAUCUUAGUAGAUCUCUGAGACUGGACUGUCUGGUUGUGAAAGGUCCUUUCUUGACUGAACAGUUGCUCAGUUGCUUGGACAAGACCAAUUUAACAUACUGCAUCCAAGGCACAAUUAGGUAUGCCAUGCUAUAUACAUUCUGGUUUGUGAACAAUCAGAAAAAUCUGUCAGAUAGCCAGUUCCAUAAGGUGCUAACUGUGGAGUUUGUAUAGACUAUGGCCUUGUUAUUUUCCAUGUCUUCUUUCCCUAUGGUAGGUGGCUAUAAUGGCCAGUUGAGGUGAUCCGUUAGCAAUAUUAGAUUUUUGACAGCACUGUUUACAUUUCAACAAAGAGAUAGUUUACUGAAGCAUUACAGUUAGAAGAGAGAUCGUAAAGGGAAACUUCCGGAUUUUUCAACAUGGGCGCUAUAUUUAGACCUUUUGAGGUCCACAUUUUUAGUAGGGACAUAAAUGAUCAAGAACACCAUAAACUUUAAAAUGGUAUAAACAGCAACUUCAGUCGUGGUUGAAAAAUCUGAAACUUUCCCUUAAAAACUAACAAGUCAAAAGUUGUUUCCUAAAAUAACACACUGAUGCAUCUAUGCUUGCUUGACUUGGAUAGCUAUUUGACUGCAUGAUAAGUGUCUUUUUAUGUAACACUUGAAUUAAUUUUACCAGAUUUAUUAUUAUGUCAUUUAUUACUACUGAAUCAUCCUUUUUCCUAUAUUUAUUUGUUUUGCAUGGAUAUGAAAGUCGUGACGUGCCAUAUUUAUGGGAAAAUGUGCGUUACUGGUGAAAUUUAGUAAUUUCCAAACACUUCACAGCUGUUUCUGUGAAACCAUCACUUACAUGAAUGUUUCCAAUUCAGCCAGUGUUCCUCAAUUGAUGCAUUUAUAAAGGAUUGUGCCUGGAAAUAGGACAAUGAGAAAUGUCAAGAAAUGUUACUAAACUUACUUUUUGUUGUGUAGAACCUGAAUACAUUUGUGCCAAGUUUUAAUCAACCUUUAUUGUCAUGACAAGGUCAAGGAAUCUCUAAAUCUCAAAUGUUUCUAAGUUAAUAUUGAACAUUGAUAUACAGCUAUAUUUGAAUAUUUUACAAGGAAUACAUAUUUAUAGAUAUUGAACCUGCAGCUAUACAGUAUAAGAUACUGCAUUGACCUGCAGUGCUAAGUAAAGCUUUUGGUGGAUUAAUGCUUUUCUAAGCUUUAUUCAGGGUUAAGUUGUAAUAGUAAUUAGGGGUGUGCACAGAUAGUCGAAUAUUCGGUUAACUGUUUGAGAUAUACUACACAAGUAUUAAUAUCCCUAUUUUAUUGUUCUAAAACACAGUCAUGGAAGUUGUGCUACCACUGCAGUACAGUAUGGCAUUGCAUAGCAGUUUUGCUACAGCAUCACUGUUGAUGAACUUACAACCUAGCCAUCACAAUAAACAGUGGAUCUGAGACAUUUCGCGUAUUUGUUGUUCUGUUUAUGUAAUGUGAGAGUGUAGCUUACACAAUGCAGAGAAAUAAAAGGGAGACCAACAAAUUUACACUCUGUCAAGGACUGUCUUUGCAUCGUGAUUCUAGAGACUCAUUGCUAAGCACACCGUAUUGGAAAGACCAGAAGCUACCCACCUUAUGCUCUUGAUAAUCCAUCCUCAAAAUAGCAGUGUUCGCAACGUAAAUAGCCUAAAUAAUGACCGAAUAACACUGCAGGUGGCCCGAUUAUUAUUUUUUUAUUUUUUGUAUGCACACCCCUAAUAAUAGUAGGAAACCGAUUUCAGAUUUUGUUAAGUCGUGGUAUAACAGGGUAUAUUUGUAUUUGCUGUUAUUAAGUUUGUAUACAGUGUAAAUAUGCAUACCAGUGUAUGUAUACACUCCUAUCGCCUAUUAAUGUAAAAAUGCCUUGUAGUUUGCUAAGACAAGAUUAUCAGUUGAUGUUGAUUGAGUAAAGUGCACUGUACUGAAAUGUCAUUUAUUGAUUGUUUUAAAAAUUAUGUUGUAUUAUGAUGAAGGUGCAAUAUUGUCAUUUUUCGAUACCGUUUUAUUCCUUUUUAAGGUAUGUAGUUUUUUUUUUAUUUGUGUGCAACAAGAAAAUCUGUAAUUAUUGUACUCCCCUUUUUGGACUGUGGAGUAAGUGAGAUCAUUUGCCUGACCAGUCAUGAAAGUGUAUCUGCUAAUUCAUAACUCUUCCAAUUGUAAUUUAUUAGUCUUUUCUAUUUGUGCUUCCAGCAUGUGCUAUGAAGUUUGAAGUCUUGUGAAGUCUAUAAUUGGCAAAACUGCCUUUGGUGCCUCUUUCAGAUGUAUGAAGAAUAGGUAGCUGCUUACAGUGAAUCUGUAUUAUACAUAACUGUGCUGAAGUCUGAUGUUAUUUUGAUAUUAUUUGACACAAUCAUAUUUCAGUCCAAGGAUGAGCUAAUGAAAUGUCAUCCCCUUAAAAAUAUGACAUUAAUGAAAACAAUUCUACAUGUAGAGUGGGAUAAUAGAGUGGGAGCGUUAUUGCUAGGUGCGAGCACCUUAAUAUGGUUAAAGUAAAUUCCUUGGAAAGUAUGUCAUAGCUUUUGAUGCUUAGAUAUUAUCUGUCCUAACAGACAUAUCAGAUAUUUUUCAUCGCUACAUUAAAAGCAGAGGAGCCAAUAUACUGGUUAUUUAACUCCACGUUGAAUCUGCUUUUACAUUUACUGCAAUACUGAAUUCAUUCUUAAAUAUGUUAAAGGGGAAAAUAAUUUUGAAAUGAUUUUAAAUAUAAUCUUUAAGGAUUAUAUUAUCCUUAAAGAGAGACAUGUUCAGCUUGAAUUCAUAACCAAAGACAGGGGAAAUGGCACAAUUCUUGAAUCAGUCAACAUUAUUAGUGUACUGUAUAAAAUAAGUGUAAAUGUUGGUAUAACUGUGUGGCCUUAAAUUGCAAUGGAUAUGUAUGCAUAAAACAGGUCAACAGGUCAAGGGUAUAGACGCCACAUUAUCUUCUCCAGAAUAUUGAAAAGCUAGAAUAUCCUAAAAAGUGCUGCAUAUCUGAGAUUAAGAGCAGUCAUCUAUACAUAUUUAUGCAGCAGCCAGUGACUGUUGCAGUGUCAGUCUGUGGGAUGGCAAUCAAUCAAUUCAAUCAACAUUCUGAAGUUACAGUCUUCCUCUCAUGUUGCAAUGUGUUUGUCUUGCACAAAGACACUGGCUGUUUACGUGUAAGCAAGUUCUCAUGGAUUCUGAUGGACUAUUCCCUGACCGUAGCCCUAGCAAGAAAGGGCUUGGACUUAUUAUAAAACGUACAUAUAGCUGUAAACUGCCUUUUAAGGGAAAAAAGUUCAUGUGUGGAAGUUUUCAGAGGCGAGCUUGCCUAUCUCUGUCUUAUACAUUUAGUGAGAAGUGAGUUAUUUUAUUUCUUUACAUUGUGUUUACAAUGCACCAUUUAAUUUUCAAGGCUGUAUACAGAGUCAUUUAUGAUACAAUAUUUAUUGACUAAGGUUUAGCAACUGAUGUUUAUGUUUUCACUGUUUGAAUACUGUAUAAUGUUAUAGUUGUCACUUGCAUUGAUAUUUGCAUAAUUUUGGUAAAGUAGGUUAUCAUCUUCAUUACUACUGAGUGACCUUUUCUUGUGCCUUUUUUACUGUAGAAUGCAUGGUUAAAUAUUUAUUAUGAUAUGGAAGUCACUGAGAUGUGUAUUUUUGUAUACUGAUUCAUUUUGUUGAAUAUUUUAGAUGCCUUAACAAGGCCACCUCUCAAUAUCUUCCUUCUAUAAUAAACCUGAAUGCAUAUAAA